AUGCACCAGAUUAACGGCUUUUUUGAGGAUGGAUCGGUGCCCGCUGAUGGCCUCAGAGGUUGGUUCCAGCCCUUCCGUCUAUGCCCUGCUUCAUCGCACAUACUGACCCUGCUCGAUCGCGGGACAGAUUCUCACACCUCUCCGCCGCAAGCUCCUAUCCCCUCCGCGAGCCCGAACGCUAAUGGUUCCCCUAAUGGCGAUGCGCCCACAGAAUGGUCUGCCGUUGGCCAUGCUGCGGCGACUGGAAAAUCCGGCCGCGUCAUUCAUAACCUGCAGGAGGAGAUUGCCCGCCUGACCCGCGAGUUCAGCUUAUACCGCUCCCGCGCUGAGGAAACUCAGCGGUCCAACGAGACUCUCAAGAUCCAACUACAGAACAUGGCCGAGCGUCUGCGCAACCUCGAACAAGUCAACGACACCAACCUCAUCUCCAUGACGCGGAAAGACCGGAAAGUAGAGGAGUUGCGCGCCGAGCUGCACGCCGAGCGCACCAAACGCCAGGGCGCCGAAGCGGUCGCGAGCAAGACCAACGAGACCAUGCGCGAGGAACGCGAGAACCACAAUCGCGAACAGGCUCAUUCGCAGGAACUUGCCAAGUACCAUGCGACACAAUACGAGGCUCUCUCCGGCGCGACGAAGCGCGAGAAAGCGGACCUCAGUCGGCGGGUCAGAGCUCUGGUCACCGAAGUGCAGACCAUGGCAGUAGCGCAUAAAGAUCAGCAGGUCAAAAUGGAGCGGUUGGCGGUUAUCACGGACCAGAAGAACCGGGAGAUUGAGGGACUGAAAGACAUGCAUGAGAAGCUGAUGGCCAGCCACGCCGCCUACAAGGAGACCAAGGACAACGAGCUUCGGGAGACCAUUGAGCGGGCGCAUGCCAAUAAUUCUAUGAUCGAUGCUGCGAUCAAAGAUCUUAAGGACACUGAGGGCAAGAUGAAGUGGGUGAUGCAGAUGCACGAGCUCAACGAGACCAAGGAGAAGGCGAAAGGCCAGAAUGGGUCCUAA